GGCCAUAGAUUAGCUUUUGACGGUUACGAUUCGGCUGGGGAUUUCGUCUGGCGUGCGAUUAGGAAAAGCGUUUAGUAGCCGUCCAGCUGCCACGAAGCAAGCGACUUCCCACAAAUGGCCAAUCUGCGACCCCUGAGCACCGAACUCCGCCGCAUUGCCGAGGCGGAGCUGAACGAGGUGGAGGAUCGGGUGCCCGCCGAUCUGGAGGCUCUGCGGGAUUGGGUGGCCAAGCAGCCGCACUUGAGGGCCCGUCAGGAUGACCAGUUCCUAAUCGGCUUCCUGCGAGGCUGCAAGUUCAGCCUGGAGAAGACCAAGUCCAAGUUGGAUCACUUCUACACCAUCAAAACCCUGAUGCCGGAGCUCUUUGGCAGUCGAGUGGUGGACGAGAAGAACAUAGCUUUGUGUCGAACGGGAACCUAUAUCCGGCUGCCCAAACCCUGGGGUCCCGGUGGCCCCCGACUGCAACUUACAAACUACGAGAAAUUCGAGCCCAAGCAAUUCAAGUUACUGGAUCUCUUCCGCUACCAAACUAUGCUGUCCGAACAGGCGAUCCUAGAGGAUGACAACAGCAACGUCAGUGGCUACGUCGAGAUCAUCGACAUGGCCAAACUGAGCCUCAGUUUUCUGGCCCAACUCGAUUUCACGCUCAUCAAGAAGAUGGGAAUAUUCGCAGAAAAGGCUCAACCCACUCGUCUAAAGGGGGUCCACCUGAUCAACUGUCCCAAGGAGGGAGUGGCCCUACUGAACCUGGCCAAGAGCCUCAUGCCCACCAAACUCCAACAACGGUUUCACGUGUACAAGAAUCUGGAUCAACUAAACGAGGUGAUACCGCGCGAAUAUCUGCCGGAGGAAUAUGGCGGCAACAAUGGACGUAUAGCCGAUAUCCAGGCGGAGGCUGAGAAGCGACUGCUGUCCUACAAGAACUAUUUCGCAGAGGACUCCCAGUACGGAGUGGAUGAGCACCUGCGCCCUGGAAAGCGGGUUAAUGCCGACUCCAUUUUCGGCGUUGAGGGAUCCUUCCGCAAACUCGACAUCGACUAAAGUCAAAUAAGUUUUUUCA